AUCUGAGUUCCCCAUCUCAGCCACUUGAUCGCUCUCUCUGCAGAGACGUUUGCUCAGCUAAAUAGAGCAAGCUGGUUUAAUGCGGAGGAAAGCUUUCACAGUUGCUAGGCUUGCCUGCAAGAGGCGGAAGAAUGGCUCGGUCUGCGGCGUUUAAAAGGGAGAAUCAAGCACCCAUUUUCCGCGAAGGGGUUCUGGAAAUCUGCGUUGGAAUUUGACUGUGUCCGUGUUGGUUGUCUGGGAUUUUUAUAAAGGGCAUCGGUGGAUUCGAAAGGCAUUACCGAAUACAAACCUAUGGUUUUCGUGAGGCACAGAACGGGCGCGAGAGGGGAGAUGGGCUGUACGGAGUUGUGCGCUAUGAAAACCAGCACACCUUGUAUUGAAAAAAAUUAGCUAAAAUCUGAUGGAGCAAAACAAAAUCGAAAUAUGGGAAAAUAUGAGAAGUGAGAAGACUCAAUCCCCCUGACCCUUGGUAUUGUGAGCAGGGCUGAUGUUCCUUUCGCAAGGUGUUUGAACCUGACUUACAAUGGAAAAAUUGCUUGUCUGUUUGUUGGUUAUUGGAAUGGCAGUUAAGGCCCAGAUCUGUCCAAAGCGUUGCGUAUGUCAAAUAUUGUCUCCCAAUCUUGCAACUCUCUGUGCCAAAAAAGGGCUGCUCUUUGUCCCCCCAAACAUUGACCGGCACACCGUCGAGCUGCGGCUGGCUGAUAACUUCGUCACAAGCGUAAAACGGAAAGACUUUGCCAACAUGACCAGACUGGUGGACCUUACCUUGUCCAGGAAUACAAUAAGCUACAUCACACCCCAUGCUUUUGCAGACCUCGAGAACUUGCGUGCCUUGCACCUCAACAGUAACCGGUUGACACGGAUAUCAAACGACACCUUCAGUGGCAUGUCCAAGCUGCAUCACCUGAUUCUGAACAACAACCAGCUCAUGCAUAUCCACCAGGGUGCUUUCAACGACCUUUUGGCUUUAGAGGAGCUGGAUUUAUCUUACAACAACCUGGAGACCAUCCCCUGGGAGGCUAUUCAGAGGAUGGUCAGCUUGCACACCCUCAGCCUGGAUCAUAACAUGAUCGACUACAUCCCCGAGGGCACCUUCUCCCACUUGCAGAAACUCAACCGCCUGGACGUUACAUCUAACAAACUCCAAAAGCUCCCUCCGGACCCCCUAUUCCAGCGUGCUCAGGUUCUGGCCACCUCUGGGAUCCUGAACCCGUCCUCUUUCGCUUUGAGCUUCGGCGGGAACCCGCUGCACUGCAACUGCGAGCUGCUAUGGCUGAGGCGGCUGAGCCGCGAGGACGACCUGGAGACCUGCGCCACGCCCGCCCACCUCUCCGGGCGCUACUUCUGGUCCAUCCCCGAGGAGGAGUUCCUGUGCGAACCGCCCCUCAUCACCCGCUACUCCCACGAGAUGCGGGUGCUGGAGGGCCAGCGGGUCACCCUGAGGUGCAAGGCCAGGGGGGACCCCGAGCCCGCCAUCCACUGGAUCUCCCCAGACGGCAAGCUGGUGUCCAACUCGUCCCGGACUCUGGUCUACAGCAACGGCACCCUGGACAUCCUGAUCAGCACGGUGAAGGACACAGGCUCGUUCACCUGCAUCUCGUCGAACCCGGCCGGCGAGGCGCACCAAACGGUGGAGCUGGUCAUCAUCAAGCUGCCCCACAUAACUAACAGCACCAACAACAUCCAAGAGCCGGACCCUGGCUCCUCUGACAUAUCCACCUCUACGAAGUCUGGAGCAAAUGGGAGCAACCACACAGCGGAUACAAAGACCAGCCCAGACAAGAGAGUGGUGAUCGCAGAGGCAACAUCUUCCACUGCCCUCAUUAAGUUCAACUUCCAGAGGAAUAUUCCCGGCAUCCGCAUGUUCCAGAUUCAAUACAAUGGCACUUAUGAUGACUCUCUUGUUUACAGAAUGAUCCCGCCUACAAGCAAAAACUUCCUGGUGAAUAACCUGGCGGCAGGAACACUUUAUGACCUGUGCGUUUUAGCCAUCUACGAUGACGGAAUCACCUCGCUCACGGCGACCAGGGUGGUGGGCUGUGUCCAGUUCACCACUGAGUCAGAGUACCUUCGCUGCCACUUUAUGCAGUCCCAGUUCCUAGGGGGCACCAUGAUCAUCAUCAUCGGGGGGAUCAUAGUGGCCUCCGUCCUGGUCUUCAUCAUCAUCCUGAUGAUCCGCUACAAAGUGUGCAACAAUGGUGACCCCGGCAAGGGCACGAUGGUCACCAACGUCCACUCCCAGACCAACGGGGCACAGUCGCAAGGGUGCUCUGUCACACCAUCCGUGUCCAAGCAGGCAAUGGGGCAUGAGGGCGACACUUGUCACAAGGCGGCGGCGGCGGCCCCCGACACGGUGACGCACUCUUCCGAAACCUCCCUCCCGGACUGCUCCACUGCUACCUCCAUGGUGAGCCAGAGCUGGACCCCCGGCUCCUCCGGUUCUCUGAAGCCAAAGCGCAAGGCCGCGCCAAAGCCCUUCGUGGAGUCCAAAAUCGAGGCUGUGCCCAGUGCGGAGACGCAGAACACGAACCGGAAUAACUCCACGGCCCUGCAGCAGCCCGCACCGCCGCCCCCGGCCCGCAUCAAGGAGACGCCAAUCUUCAGAAGAGCACACCCCAGGUCCACCCCUAAAUACCUGACCCUGCCUAUAGAGGGAGUUAAGGCCAAACGCAGGUACUCUCUAAAUGAAGACUUGUCCAAGUAUCACUGCUACAUUGGCUCCCAAAGGCUGGGCAGCCUGUGGUCCAAGAGGAGUCUCUCCAUGAAUGGGAUGUUGCUCCAGCUGGAAGGCUCUGAUAUAGAUGGUGGGAAAGUAAAAUUUUCAAGUUCUGAGUGGAUACUGGAAAGCACUGUGUGACUGUGGUCUUUGCAACAUUUUAUUUUCUUUUCUCCCAAAUCCUUUUAGCUUUUUUGGUUUAAGAUGGCCAAAAGUGGGUGGAUGCUUGCCUUGUAGGAAUUUGGAAUGCCAUCUCUGUGUCCCCUGAAGAUGGGCCUUUCCAGCAGGGCUUUGAGUCAACAGCAUUGUUGCCUGUGCAACAGUGAUCACCUUCAUACAAAUAAUAAAGAAACAAAGCAACAAUAAACUCCCACCUAUACUUAAUUAUAAUGUAUCAUGGCAAGAAUAAAGUAUUGGUGCCUUCCUUUGCAUAUAAAUUGGCCUCUUAUAAUGACCAGUUGGAAGCACCAACAGAAACCAUACUCCCUGACCGGGAUGUGGGGUGGGGAGGAAUGGAAAAGAUUUCACAAAAAAGCCUUUUUACAAUGGAAAUAACAUUUCCUGCAUAUUAUAGAGACAAAAAAAUAAAAA